UUUGCAAAUAACUGUCCAAUAAAAUGAGUGCUGAACCAUUAAAUAAUACAGAUGAUCAAUUUUAUAAUAAUGCGGCAAAAUAUUGGUCUGACGUUCCGCCAACAGUUGACGGAAUGCUUGGAGGAUUCGGAUACAUUUCUCAAACAGAUAUAAAAAGUUCCAAAAUGUUAUUAAAGCAUUUAUUUAAUGCCAAGAAUCCUCCAGGAAAAGAAUAUGCGUUAGAUUGCGGCGCUGGCAUAGGUAGAAUUUCAAAAUUUUUACUAACAGAUUGCUUCGAGAAAGUUGAUAUGGUAGAACAAAACAAAGAUUUUCUUGAAACUGCUAAAAUAUAUUUAGGUCUAAAAAUAUCCAAGAUAGCCAACUUUUAUCCGAUAGGAUUACAAAAUUUUAAACCAGAACCAGAAAAAUAUGAUGUUAUUUGGAUUCAGUGGGUAAUAGGACACUUAACGAAUAAAGAUGUAAUACCUUUUUUGAUAGCUUGUCGCAAGGGAUUGAAAAAAAAUGGUGUUAUUGUUCUCAAGGAAAACAUAACGUCAACAGAUGAAAUUGAAAAAGAUGAACUGGAUUCUUCAAUAACAAGACCAAUGUUUAUGUUUCAUCAGUUAUUUGAAAAAGCGAAACUCUCAUGCUACAGACAGCUGAAGCAACAUAAUUUUCCCAAAGGUUUAUAUUCAAUUUAUAUGUUUGUACUUAGACCCUUUGAAAAUCAUCCCCAUGACAAUUCAGGUGAAGAAAAUUUGAGAAAUGGAAUUUGUGCAAACCGAAGAGAAUCAAAUAAUGUAACAGAUCUAAAUUUUAGUAGUAAUACAAACACUGAUAUUACUUACAAUAAUUGUAAUUUUUAAAUUAAAUAUUUGAAUGCAUAAUAA